AUGAUGAAAAUUUUAAGAAAGAUUUUCAUAUUAAUUGUGUUAUCAUAACAAAUAAGAGGUGAAUAUAGUAGUUUUUGUGUGUGUAAUCAAAUAUAGGAUAAUGAAUAAUGUGAUAGAUCAAGUAUUUGUUAAUGGAUCUAAAAUAAGUGUAUAAUAAAAAAUGGUGAAAGAUAUUUGGAUAAAGGGAGUGUAGGAGUGUAUUGUAAGGAAUACUCUUAAGAGGAUUGCAGAUUAUAGGAUAAAUGUGGAUUUUAUUUAGGUGAAUGUAUAGAUUUUAAAGAGUGUUAAGUAUUUAAAAGAGAAGAGUGUUGGGAAUCAUCUAAAAAUUGUAUAAGUGAUGGUAUGAAAUGUAUAAAUAUUGGUCAAUGUGAGGAAUAUGAAAAUUGGAUUACAUGUUAAAAUAAGAAUAAAGCAAACCGUUAUUGUUUUUGGUCUAUUAGUGAAAAUCCUAAAUGUCGAAUUAGUAGAGAGUGUAAUGAAUUACCAAUGUAUCUUAUAAGUGAUUUAGAGUGUAGAGAAUAGAUAUCAAUUUGUACAGUAUCUGUAAAUGGUGGUUGUGUGGAAAGUAAAGAAUAAUGCAGAAUGAUUAAAUAUUAAGAGUAAUGCUUUUAUAAUAAAGAUAAAUCAUAAUAAUGUUAUUGGGAUUAAGUAUUAUCAUAAUGUGUAGAUUUAGUAUGUAACAAUUUGAGAUUUAAAAGUGAUUAAGAAUGUAGGAGUUUAUUAUAAGAAUGUACAACAAAUGGAUAAUAAUGUAUAUUACGUUAGGAUUGUAAAGACAAUUUAGUAAUUGAAGGUUGUGUUACUGAUAUCUAUGGUAAUAAAUGUAUAUUUAUUAAUAAUGAAUGCAAAAAGAAGGAAUGUUCUUUAGCUGAAGAUGUAAAUAUCUAUUCAAAUUAUAAUUAAUGUUAAUAAUUUGAUAUUUAUUUAGAUUGUGUAUUUAAAAAUGGAGGAGGUUGUAAAAAUAGACCAAUAAAUUGUGAGGAUUAUGAUGGUGAAGAAGAUUGUUUAUCAAUAAAAAAUUAAUAAUGUUUUUGGAUGAAUAAUAAUAAUUAAUGUAAGAAAUAAGGAUGUGAAAGUCAAUUAUUAUCAUUAAAUCAUAAUUAAUGUAAAAUAAUUGGAAAAUGUAUGGGUAAUAUUAAUGGUGGUUGUUAAGAUAGACCUUAAUCAUGUAAUUUAAUUAAUUAUAGUUAAUUUUGUGAUGUUGAUUAUUAUAAUAGGAAAUGUUAUUGGAAUACAAAUAUAUGUGUAGAAAAUAUAUGUUCUAAUUUCAUAUUCCCUCAAUUUUCAAGUCAUUUAUAAUGUAAUAUAAUUAAUAAUAAAUGUUCAUAUGAUUAUUAUAAUGGAAUAUGUCUAGAUUAUACUUGUGAAACACUUCAUUAAAAUGAUUGUUUAACAAAUUAAUUAUGUAAAUUACCAAAGAAAUGCAAAUUAAAAUAAUGUUCUGAUGCACCUAUAUCAUUAAUUACUCAUACAGAUUGUUAAUUAUGGCUUAAUAAUUGUACUGUUAAUGUUUAUUAAUUAUCUAAUAUCUAAUAAAUACAUGGAUGUACAUUAAAAAAAUUAAGUUGUAAUGAUUAUCAUUAAUAAUAAUGUUAUUCAACUAUUGAUGAUUAUUAAUGUAAAUGGAAUUCUGGUAUAUGUAUUCCUAAAGUAUGUUCUGAUUAUAUUAAUUCAUCUUCAACUUUUUGUUAAAAUCUAAAAGUUGUUGGUAUGAAAUGUAUUAUUAAUUCAUCUAAUACUGCAUGUAUACAAUGGCCAACAAUAUGUUCAGGAUUUUCAGAUCUAUCAUAAUGUAGUUUAGGUUUAAUAGAUGGUACUAAUUGUUUGUGGAAUGGUACAUCAUGUAUUUUUAAAGCUUGUAAUUUAUCUAGUGGAUAAUCAACUAAUUAUUAAUGUAACUAAUGGAAUCAAAUUUGUAAUUAUGAUAUUUCUACUUCUUAAUGCAAAGAACGAGAUGUUUUUGAUACUUGUGGUAUGACUGUUACAUUUACCAUUUAAAACCAUUAAGAGUGUAAUGCUUGGAAUAAUUCAUGUACUGUAAAUACUGCUGGAGCAAUUGGAUGUUAAAGAAAAUAAUACUCUUGUUUAGGUUAUACUACUCAAUAAAAAUGUUCAGAAGAUUAUUAUGGAGUAAAAUGUUAAUGGAAUAUAAGUACUAAUUAAUGUUUUAAUUAUAUUCCUUCUAGUUGUCCUAUGGUAUUAAAUUUAGCAAUUACAAAUUAGAUGUGUGAAUAAAUAUCUAUUUCAUGUGUUAAUUAAAAUAUUGCUUGUGAAUUAUUAAAAACAGAUUGUUCAUUGUAUGUAUUUGAAAUGCAAUGUAAAAUCAAUUCGUACUAUGAGCCUUGUGUAUGGAAUGGUACUAAUUGUUUAAGUAUUUAAUGUUAAUCAUAAACAACAGCUAAUAAUGAUAGUGAUUGUUUUAACUAUUUUAAUAGUUCUAAAAAUUGUUAAUAAAAAAUAAAAGCUGAUGGAAUGAGAGAAUAAGGUUGUGAGAUAAUGGAUUAUUGUUCUUCUAUUAUUAGUUAAUAAAAAUGUGAUUAAUCUGUUUCAAGAAAUUAGGUUUCUUGUAAAUUUAUAAGUGGAGUUUGUUAAGAAGUUCAUUAAAACAAUAAUUAAAAUUGUCAUUUAAAUAUUUCAGCAACUUCAAAUUAUGAAUGUAAAUAAAUAAAUGAUAUAUGUGAAUUGAAUUAUAGAGAUGGAAUAGGUUGUACUGCUUCAUAAUGUAAUUUGAUUACAAAUAGCAGUAUUUGUAUUCUUUAGAAACCAAAAGGAACUAGUUGUAGUUGGAAUUCAUCUGGGAAUUUAUGUUAAACAAAUUCUUGUUCAUUUUAUACAAUAAAUUCAAUUUGUAUUGAAUAAUAUGAAGAAUAUAAUAUUAAAUGUUAUUGGUGUGAUAAUAGAUGUAUUAAUAGUAAUUAUUGUUAAGAAGUAAUAAUGGAUUAUCAUAAAGAAUGUAAUAAUAAAAAUUAAUUAAAUACAGUGGCAUAAAUUUAAACAUGUGCUAGUGCCUAAUCUGGAUGUGUUAAUUAUUCAGCAUAUUCUUCUUGUAAAUACUCAUUAAAUAGAACUAAAUGUAUUUUUUAAUGGUCAAUAGGUGGUUCUUCACUUCCAACAACAGGAAUAUGUAAUGAUUUAUGUUCAAGUUUUUCAUCUUAAAUAAGUUGUUAAGCUAAUUCUAAAUAUUGUUAAUGGAUAAGUAGUCUUUGCACAUCACAUCUAAUAAAUUGUUCAGAUUACUUACUUGCUGAUUGUGAUACUGCAAUAACUAGAAGUGGUACAAAAUGUACUAUUGAUACAUCUGCUUAGUGUGUAUAAAGAAUAUGCUAAAAUUAUAAAAAUGGUACAAGUAGAAUACCUAAUAAUCAAUCUGAUUGUGAUAAUUGGUUAGAUAAUUGUGUAUUCAUUGGAAAUAAAUGUAUUGAUGCUUGUCAAUUAGCUUCAUUUUCUUCUGUAUCAAUUACAUAAUGUGAGUAAUAUCGACCUAAUAAAGUAUGUACUAUAGGAGAUGAACCUAAAUGUGGUAGUUUUGUAUAAUAUUGUUCACAAGCAUAAUAGAGUUAAUGUUAUUUUGAUGCAAAUAAAAAGAAAUGUUAUUGGAAUACUGUUUUCUAACAAUGUUUUGAAUUAAAUUCUUGUGGUAUCAUUGAUACAAGUAAUAAUACUCAUAUAAAAUGUAACACUUUAUUAAGUACUUGUACAGUCAAUGAUUCAUAGAAUGGUUGUAUAGAAUUAAAGGAUUGUCAUUAAUAUUAUAAUUCUUAUUAAUGCUAUUUUAAUAGAAAUUAUGAUCCUUGUAUAUGGGAUAUUGAUAAAUGUAUAACUAUUUAAUGUAACUAUUAUUUAAGUGAAUCUAUUUGUGAAAAUUCUACAUUAAAUACUAAAUGUAUAUGGGAUCAUAUCAAUCUUAAAUGUAUAGUUUUAGAUUGUAAUAAUAUUAUUCUUGAUUAAAAUCAUUCAUGUUUAGACUAUACAAAAUAUUGUAUUAAUGAAUCAUGUAAAACUAUUGAAUGUGAAGACUUUUAAUAUGAUAAUGAAAAUUAAUGUUAAUAAAUAUUUACAGAUAAACAUUGUAUUAGUGAUGGUCAAACUUGUUUAUAAAGAUUAAAUUGUUAAGAUUGUCAUUAUUAAAUUUGUUGUAAUUUUGAUAGAAAUUUAAAUGAUUGUAUUUGGAUUUCUGGAUAAUGUUAUGAUAGAAAUUGUAAUUCUAUACCCAUAAUACCAUUUACAUAUGAUGAAUGUGUUGCUGUUUAAAUAGAAUGUACAAUUAAAUCAUAAGGAGGAUGUUAACUAAAAACUAAUUGUAAUUUCUAUAAAGAUGAAUCUGAAUGCUUGAUUGAUUUAAAUGGAUAUAAUUGUAUUUGGGAACAAUCUUUAUAAUAAUGUUUCUCUGAUAUGUGUUAAAAUCUUUGUGGAGAUGGUAUAGUAACUUAUCCAUAUGAAGAAUGUGAUGAUACUAAUAAUCUACCAUAUGAUGGAUGUUAUGAAUGCAAAAUUUAAUGUUCUUUAGGAUGUUUAAUAUGUGAAAGUAAAGUCUGUUUGAAAUGCAAUCCUUAUGGAUGGAUUUACAACUAAAAUACAUAAUAAUGUGAUUCAAUUUGUGGAGAUGGAAUUAUAACUAUCUUAGAAAAAUGUGAUGAUGGUAAUUUUAUAUAAUAUGAUGGUUGUUAUGAAUGUGAUUAUCAAUGUUCUAUUGAAUGUCUAAAUUGUUAUCAAGGAAUAUGUUAAGAAUGCCCUUUUGGAUUCUAUCCACAUAAUUCUAAUUGUAAUACUUAAUGUGGAGAUGGUAUAGUUAUUAUAGAAAAGGAAGAAUGUGAUGAUUCCAAUCUUUAUAAUUAUGAUGGUUGUAAUAACAAAUGUUAAAUUGAAAAUAAUUGGAAAUGUAUCAUCUAAGAUCAAUUAAGCCUUUGUUUUUAAUAAGAUUAUCCUAUUCCACUUCUAUAAAUGAUUAAUAAUAAACCAAAUCAUUUAUUAUUAGCCUUCACUUAACCUAUUAUGCUAUCUUAAUCAAUAUAUAGUUCUGAUGAUUUUAUUAAAUCAAUUUCAAUAUCUAUAUUAAAAAUAGAUAAAAAGUAAUUCAACUUUACUUUAAUACCAAUAAUAGAACUAUCAAAAGAAUUAAUGGAUAUUUAAUAUACAAUAGAUCUUUAAUUUUAAGUUUCUAUAAAAAAUCCAAUAUUAAAUUUAUCAUUUGAUUCUUAUCUAGUAAUCAAUGAAUUAGGGAAUAAUCCAUCAUCUAAUGUCACUAUUAAAUUGUCCAAUAUUGAAUAAUUAACUAAUCUAUAAAAAAUAAUUACAGAUAAAGCUACUUAAUUUAAUUCAAUUGUUAUUUAUAUUAUCAUUGGAAUAGCAAUCUUAUCAAUAUUUUUAGGUAAUUUUGAGAUCUUUUGGAAUUUAUUAGAUAAUCUAUAAUAAUUAUCAUACAUCAAAUACAUAAAUAUCAAUUAUCCCAUUAACUUUUAAGUUUUUCUUGCUAUUUUUGAUUUGGUUUCAUUAUAACCUUUACAAAAUUAUCUUUAAUUAGAUUAAAUUUUUGGUUAAGUUAUGUAAUAAGAUCCACCUACAAUUUAAUAUAAUAUUGGUAAAUUUGAAUUCUUUGAAACUGAAUGUUUUUUUGGAACUAAUUUAUAAAGUUUUAUAAUUAUCUUGUUAACUAGUAUAAUUAAUUAUUGGAUAUCUAAAUUAUUCAUUAAAUUAUUAAUUAAAUCAAAAUAUUCAAAUUUAAUCAAUCAUUUUGAUGGUUUUAUUAAAUGUGCAAUUUAAAAAUUAGUAACAUUUUUGUAUUCUUUACAAUCAUUGGCAUUAUUAUACAUUAAAUCCUUUUUUUAUAAAGGAUUAAUUAGAAUAUAUCUAUCAAGCUAUUAUGAUUUAACAUUUUCUUCUUUAUUAUAAAUAGUAACAUUCUCAUAAUAAAGUAAACUCUUAUAGAUAUGUUCAGCCUUAUCAAUAGUAAUUUUUGCAUUUAAUUUUAUAUCAAUUCUUGGAUUUUAUUCUUAAUCAUUGAUUUCUCAUAAAAUAAUAAAAUUAAAAAUGUUUUUUCAAGGUAUUAAUACAAAAUCCAAUAAAUGGAAUGCUUAAUAUUAAACUAUCCUAUUAAUAAAGAAGAUAACUUUUAUUUGUGCAUUAAUUCUACUCUAAGUUAUACCAAUAUGUUAAACUUUAUUUAUUUCUUUUCAAUCUGUUAUAUUUACUUUAUAUAUUAUAUUAUCUAAACCAAUGUAUUAGAGUUAUGAAAAUUUUAAAAUUAUAAUUUUUGAAACUUCAAUUUAUUUAAAUUGUAUCUUAUUUUUAUGUCAUAAUAUGGAUUAUUUUUAUUAAUAUAGGAUAUAAAUUGGAUGGGUUAAUAUAAUUUUAUUUAGUGUUAAUUUAAUAGGUUGUUUAAUAGUAGAUGUUUUAUAGUAAUUCAAAAUAUUAAAAUCAAAAUUAUGUAAACCAGUAUCUAAAGUAAAAAAGUAAAUUAAUCCAAAUUUAUUUGAAAUGUGUUGA